UGAAGAGUGGGAAUAAAUAAGUGGUCUGUUUGAAAGGUGAUUGCCUUUUCCUGGGUUCCUUCUAAAAUAAUAUGGCCAUGUGCUAUAUGGUAAUCAAUGGCUGAUCAUAAUCUUCCUAUAUUUUAUAUGGCGUGAACAGCAUGUUUACAGUUUUAUCAAUAAAAAAAAAAAAUUAUUGCGGGCUAUUAUAUCAGUUCAGAUACUAUGUAAUUAGUGGCUCGGCAAUUGUGAAUAUUAUAUCAAAAAUAGCUGGCUGCUGAGAUUAAUUGUUAGAUAUAUAUACACUCCAGCAGACUGAUGCACCAUAAUCUAGUCAGCUUGAGGCUCCAUCAGCAUGGAUCAAGAUGAUCACCUCUCUAAAUCUACUCCUCUGAUUCUAAGCUAUAAUGGCGAAUGCAAUGAGAAUAAUCUCGUCAAGAAUGUUUAUUCAAAAGCAGAGGUGAUAACAGAACUAAAGAAGCAGAUGAGCUUGGCAGGACCUCUAAUUGCUGUUAAUUUCUUUCAAUUUAGUUUACAGAUGGUUUCAGUUAUGUUCGUUGGCCAUCUUGGCGAGCUUUCUCUCGCAGGGGCGUCAAUGGCUACUUCCUUUGCUGGAGUUACCGGUUUCAGUUUCCUGCAGGGAAUGGGAAGUGCGCUAGAAACAUUCGCUGGGCAAGCCUACGGAGCAAAACAAUAUCACAUGCUCGGCGUUCACAUGCAGAGAGCUAUUUUUGUUCUUGCACUUAUGAUCAUUCCCAUCUCGUUCCUUUGGGCGAAUUCCAGACAUCUUUUCAUGAUUUUUGGAUUAGAUACAGAAAUUGCUAGUUAUGCUCAUAUUUACAUCUUGUGGUUAAUCCCGGCCAUUCUUCCUUUCGGUAUCCUUCAAUGUCAAGUCAGAUUCUUACAGGCACAAAAGCUUGUGCUACCUCUGUUGAUUAGUACUGGAAUUAGUAGUUCAAUGCAUAUUCUUCUGUGUUGGACACUCAUACUCAAACUUGGCUUUGGUCAUAAAGGGGCUGCUCUGUCUAUAGCCAUCAGUUAUUGGAUCAAUGUGUGGUUUUUGGCAAUAUAUAUUAAGUAUUCUCCAGCAUGUGAGAAGACUUGGACAAGUUUCUCAAAGGCUGGCAGGGAAAAUCUUGUUGAUUUCAUGAAGCUUGGAAUACCUUCAGCUCUUAUGAUCUGUGCGGAAUCAUGGUCAUUUCAAAUACUUGUUCUGAUGUCCGGUCUUCUUCCCAAUCCAAAGCUGGAAACAUCAAUGAUGUCAAUCAGUCUUAAUACAAGCUCAUUAGUCUUCAGAAUCACUGUUGGUUUGGGAAGUGCUGUAAGUACGAGAGUAUCAAAUGAAUUAGGUGCCGGAAACUAUCAAUCAGCUCGAUUAGCAGUGCGUAUAGUACUAUGGUUUGCGGUUAUGGAGAGUAUUCUGUUAAGCUCAAUAGCAGUUGCAGUUCGAAAUGUAUGGGGUUACUUGUUUACCAAUGAACUUGAAGUUGUCACAUAUUUAGCUUCUAUAAUGCCAAUUCUCGCAACAUCCAAUUUUAUUGACGGAGUUCAGGGUGUUCUUUCAGGUGUUGCGAGAGGAUGUGGUUGGCAAAAAAUGGGAGCUUAUGUGAAUUUAGGAGCUUAUUACCUUGUUGGCGUCCCAUGUGCUAUAGUUUUGACUUUUGUUUUUCACUUUGGGGGAAAGGGACUAUGGAUGGGAAUAAUUUCUGGUAGUUCGCUACAGACAAUUUUGCUACUAGUAAUUACGAUGCACACAAAUUGGGAGUCAGAAGCCAAAAAAGCAAGGGAUAGAGUGUAUGCCUCGAGCAUCCCCAUUAAUGGGAGUGUCACGCCCACUUUACUAUAGAAUUAUAUCAAUGUAUAUCUUUGUUUUUCAUUUGAGAAUUGUAUGUUUUUAAUUAUAUAUUAAUUUAAAAUUCAUUUUAUUCUUAAAUAAACUCAUUUUAGA